UGUUGUUGCAUACAAAAGGUCUCAAAGAUCUGGAGUUUACUAGAAACUUGAAGGUAGCACAUAUUGACCGGAAAGUUCUCGCUGUUGGGACACUCACAGCUGGAUUCUGCUGAGUGUGAAGCAGUAUUCAAAUUGACACAAAGCGCUGUCCAACAGCACAGCUGGUUGAAAGAAAAAUGGGGUCCGCUGCACACCUCUGCUCGGUGCUGCUGGUUGUAUUUUUUCUGGGGCUUCACCACUCCUCAGGCUUUUGGAUUGUCAACGUUGUCUUCCCGCCCAACGCCAAACCCAGGGUACCAAGCAACAGCACUCCACCACUCAUAAUCGUACCAGGGAACUUGGGGAACCGUCUGGAAGCUAAGAUAGACAAACCAACACUGGUCCACUGGAUGUGCUACAAGAAAACUGAACAUUGGUUUCCCCUGUGGAUUGACCUCAACAUGUUCAUGCCAAUAGGUGUAGACUGCUGGAUUGACAACAUUAGACUUGUUUACAACAGGACGACUCGGCGGUCAUCCAACUCACCAGGGGUGCAGGUGCGAGUGCCAGGAUUUGGGCAGACCUAUCCCAUUGAGUUUCUUGACUAUAACAAGCUGGCUGGUUAUUUUCACACUAUGGUACAACAUCUGGUCAACGUGGGCUACACCCGAAAUGAGACAGUCCGAGGAGCACCGUACGAUUGGAGAUUAGCUCCUAAUGAGAAUGCUGACUAUUUCACAAAGCUGCAGGACCUGGUUGAGGAGAUGUAUGAACAGUACCAGCAGUCUGUUUACCUGCUGGGACACAGCAUGGGCUGCCACUACGUCCUCUACUUCCUCAACCACCAGCCUCAGGCCUGGAAGGACAAGUACAUCAGGGGCUUCAUUUCCCUGGGAGCUCCGUGGGGGGGUGCUGUUAAACCACUUCGAGUCCUGGCAUCAGGUGAAAAUGACGGCAUCCCAAUGAUUUCCAACAUCAAGAUCCGUGAGGAGCAGAGGAUGGCAACAACUAAUCCCUGGAUGCUGCCAUCUGAGGAAGCCUGGCCAAAGGAUCAUGUGUUCAUCUCCACACCGACCUCUAACUACACCAACCAGGACUACCAGCGCUUCUUCAGAGACAUCAGUUUUGAGGAUGGCUGGUACAUGUGGGAGGACACCAAGAACCUCACUGGUGAUCUCCAUCCACCUGGAGUUGAGGUGUGGUGUAUGUAUGGCGUGGGGCUUCCGACCCCUGUAACAUACAUUUAUGAUGAGGAGUUUCCCAAUGUGGACCCCGUGGACUUCGUUUAUGCCGAUGGGGAUGACACAGUGGACAGCUUUAGCAUGAGUCUUUGCAAACGCUGGGUGGGUCAGCAGGAGAAGCCUGUCCAUGUAACUGAGUACAGAGGGCUGCCCCACCUGGAUAUAGUGUUCCAUGAAAAGGUGCUCAACCAAAUCCAGCAUAUCCUGGAGGGCAAAUCAGAUACACCUCAAGAAGUUGAUGUCAGACCUGGAACUAAAUAGCUGGCAACAGCAUUUAAGAGUUUAAAAACAAACAAAAAAACAUGGAGUGCUGUAUUUUUACAUAGGUGACUUUUGAGUCUGUCCAGGUGUCAAGCAAAAAACAUAUUCCACAUAGUGUCAAUAUGAGCACCCCUGUCUUGGCCCAACUAAGUUCAGCAGUUGCAAACCAAUCUGGACCUGCAAGUAACCCAUAACCACAUCCUGAAUCAAAUGCUGAUGACUUGCCCUGUGGUUUUAAACACAAUCUGUUCAUUUAUAUUCCCAUUCUGUGUAUUAUUAUGAUGAGACAUGAGGUGAUGAUCAUGGUGCACACCAUUAUCACAAUAAUUACAAACAUACAAUAGGGAUUUUUUUUUACAGUGGCUCCUUUGAUGUAGUCUUUGUAGUUAUAUCACAGUUCAUUGGGCAACUUGAAAUCCUGCUACAUAUAUCUUUUUUUUUAAAAAUCACAAUUUUGGUUUGUUUACUUUUGGUGGAUGAUGAUCAUCAUAUCGUUAUUAUUUGUCAUAUAAGGGUAGUUAGAACAUGACUGUAAUGAGUAAACAGGUAUAGGGACCUCACCUGUAGACUAUUCCUAUUGUGUAUGAUAUAAUUGUAAUAUUUUGACUAGGAUUUAUAUAUUUUUAGAUAUCUGUAAACUGUUUUUGGAAAAUGAUCAUAAAAAUAACUUUUCCCUCAGGCACAUAUUGUAGUUUGUACAUGCUCAUGAAACCAAUUCUGUAAAAUGGUAUGGAUAUUUUAUAUUGCUGUGUAAACAUACCAGGUUUGAAUAUUUCCUUCUUAAAUAAAGCAUCUAUGGUAACAAACAAA